AUGCUAGAAUUGAAGUUAGAAAUUGUAAAAUGUGUGGAAGCUGGUGAAGGCCCCUCUGUGCUUGGUUGUCCCUACAACCUUGGCAAAUUAACUUUAUGCGCCAUUAAGAAGAAUGCUGAUAAAAUUAAUAGUUCAGUGAUACAGUCAAUACCACCAUCAGCAAAGAUGAUGACUAAAAUACGAAAUCCAUUGUUGGUAAAGAUGGAGAUGCUGGGACUUUGGAUUGAAGAUCAAAACCAGAAGAAAAUGAAUCUUAGUUUCAUCAGUAUUAGAGGUAAAGCUUUGGAAAUAUAUGAAUGCUUGAUCCAAGAAGAUGGUGGAGCUGAACAGCCCUUUAUGGCCAGUAAGGGCUGGUUUGCUAAAUUUAUUUACCAUCAGAGCUUGCAUAAUCUGAAGGUGACAGGUGAAUCUGCAAGUGCUGACCAUACUGCUGCUGCCAGAUAUCCAGAAGAAAUGAGAGAAAUUAUUGAAGCAGAGGGGUACAGCCCUAAGGAAGUUUCUAAUGCUGAUGAAACUAGGCUGUUUUGGAAGGAGGAGAAAGUAGCAUCUGGCUUUAAGGCAGCAAAAGAUAGGCUGAUACUGCUACUAUGUGGAAAAGCAGCAGGUGGCUUCAAGAUGAAGUCACUACUUAUAUACCAUUCCCUGAACCCUCAUCCUUUCAAAGGCCUUAACAAGAAAAUGUUGCCUGUGCACUGGACUGCCAACAAAAAGGUAUGGGUUACUGGCUAA